GAGGGAGCGCCGUGUGUUGUGUGACCGGCGGGGGGAUUAUUAUGGGGACGGGGGGCUUCCGGCAGCUGUGGCUCCUGGUGACAGCCGUGUACUGCUCAGUCUCCUCUGCGGACACAGGUCACUCAUUUCUCAUACUACACCAGCAAUCAAGCAAGUGCCUUAAAGUAGACAAUGACCGACUUACGUUGGACAGCUGUUCAGACACUAGUAACAAAGCACUGUGGCAAUGGGGCUCCAGUCAUCGACUCUACAGCCUGGAAUCUCAAAAGUGCCUUGGACUAGACCUUUCCAAAUCCCAAGAACCUUUGAAACUUGUCCCAUGUGACUCUAAACUGAUGCUGUGGUGGCGAUGUAGCGGUGGACACGUGUAUGGGGCUUCAAGAUAUGGACUUGGUGUAAAGAAUGGAACAGUGGCUGCAAUCCUACAGUCCGUAGAUGAAUGGAAGGUGAAUGGCACAUCUGAGAACAUUUGUGAGGCUCCAUAUCAUGCUGUGUAUACUACUGGGGGAAACUCCUAUGGAAAGCCCUGUGAAUUUCCCUUUUUGAAUAAUGGGACUUGGUACCACGACUGUAUCUCUGACACCAAUGAAGAUCGUGAGUGGUGCUCUACCUCGGGAAAUUUUGAUACGGAUGGGAAAUGGGGAAACUGCAUGAAACCAGUGCGUGAUUGUAAUCAUACUUGGACAGAACACUCCACAUUGCAGCAAUGCUACCAAUUCAAUAUCCAGUCUAGCCUCAGGUGGAAGGAGGCGUAUGUGUCUUGUAAGAGCCAGGGGGCAGAUCUACUCAGCAUAACCAGUGAGGAAGAGCUGAACUUUAUCACAGACAAGGAGGAUCCUCCUGACUUUGUAUGGAUUGGACUUAACCGCUUGGAAAGUGCUAGUGGAUGGCAGUGGUCUGAUAAUAGACCCUUGAAUUUCGUCAACUGGGAUGAAGGUAUACUUGCCUUUUCAGUUCUAGAUGGCUCCAGUUGUGGGAGAUUAAAUGUGAACACCAAAACGUGGGAUGCCUUCCCUUGUGACGCCUCGUUGCCAUAUAUCUGCAAGAAGCCAGCAAACAGCUCAGCAGAGGACUCUUCCGAUUAUUGGCAUUUCUCAGAGACUACAUGUGACAGAAACUGGACAGCCUACAAUGGAUUUUGUUACCUCCAACAGCAGCCAGACAUUUGGGAGGGUGCCGAACUUUCUUGCCAAAAGGAACAUGGAAGUUUAAUCAGUCUGCACUCUCUUGCGGAUGUCGAGUUAGUGGUCACAAAGUUUCAGAGUGAAAACGAAAAUGUGUGGUCGGGCUUUAAGAGUGAGUCAUUCCCUCAUCUGUAUAAUUGGUCUGAUGGAACAGAAGCACAUUUUACAUAUUGGGAUCAAAAUGAGCCCCUUCCUCCAUUCAACGUUACCCCAAGCUGCGUGUCCUUCUCAGGGACGACUGGACGAUGGCAUGUUAGGAACUGCACAGAAAAAUCGACUUCUAUUUGCAAGAGGCCUGGAAAAACAAAGACUAAUAUGACGUCUGACUCUGGGUGCCCACAAGAGGAGAAUUGGAGAAGACACGGAGAAUACUGCUAUUUCGUCAAGAAGAGUGAAGUCCCGUUUGAAGAAAAAUGCAAUCUUACAAUUACAAACCGAUUCGAACAGGAUUUCCUGAACAGCUUAAUGAGAGAACAAGCCAAUUCUGAGGGGCGAUACUUCUGGACAAAUUUAAUAGACACUAAUAAGUCCGGAGAUUAUUAUUGGCAAACUGCAAGCAGGAAAAAAGACCUCUCCUAUUCCAACUGGAACACUCAUGAGCCAGCUUUUUCUGGAGGAUGUGUCGCAAUGUCUGGAGGAGGAGACUCUCUCGGAAAAUGGGAGGUCAAAGACUGUAAGAGUUUUAAAGCUCGGUCUAUAUGUAAGAGAGGAAUUGGAUCUGCCCAAGAGGAAGAUAUUCCAAAACCCAAUGUCACCACUUGUCCUGAUGGCUGGUUUUCUGGAUCAGGAAUGUAUUGCUACAAAGUUUUCAGCAAAGAGAGGUUACUGAGGCAAAGAACCUGGGAGGAAGCUGAAGGAAUCUGUGAGGAGUUUGGGGGCCAUCUUGCUAGUUUUGCUCAUAUACAGGAAAUGAAAGACUUUCACAUGUUCUUAAAAUCAAGCUUGCGUGAAAAGCGAUGGAUUUGGGUCGGCUUGAAUAAAAGAAACUUGGGAAGCUGGGAGUGGAGUGACGGGCGUCCCAUCUCUUCAACUAUACUGGAUGAAUUUCAGGAAGACGACUACUUCCUCCGAGACUGCGCUGCAUUGGAGAUUAAUGCACCAAUGCACAGGAAUGUGUGGACAUGGCAUUUUGAAGUGUUGCAGCAACUGGAGUACAACCUGCAUCCAUUCCACUGUGAAGCCCAACUGGAAUGGGUGUGCCAGAUUGCCAAAGGUGUCGUCCCAAAAACUCCACAGUGGUAUCAGCCAGAAUGGAAGAAACCGGGCUCUGCAUCUGUUAUUGACGGCUCAGAGUACUGGUUUGUGUCGGAGCCAAGGCUUUCCCACAAACAAGCCGAACUCUAUUGUGCUGUGAAUGGCAGUGAAUUGGCAGUUAUUGACUCCUAUGAUGCUUUGAUUGCUAUACAGAAUUACAUGGGGACACUAGGUGAAAAACAGAUGUCGACCCUAUUGCAACGGUGGUGGGUAAAAUAUGCAAAUGUUAGAAGUCGCCACGAAUUUAUACUUCACCGUGUCCUUGGGAGACGUUAUGGUGAUUGUUCUUUUGUUUCGGCAAUGACCCAUUUUCCAGACUAUUUCCAGGGUAUUAACUGCCACGAAACGCUCCCAUUUGUAUGCAAAAGCCAAAACAUCUCUUUACUUGAAAUAGAGACCCCAAAACUGAACAAAUAUACUGGAAGUUGCCCCACAAACUGGACUGCAUUUGAAAACAAGUGUUUUUUAAGAGUCUCUCCAAAAUAUUUGGAAUUCUCUGCUGCAAAUGAUCACUGCCAAAAAUAUGGGGGAAAACUUCCUUCAAUUUCAAGCCAACAUGACCAGGAUUUCAUGACCUACUUCAGUUCAGGUUCAAGUGAAAAGAUUUGGAUUGGUCUACAGUAUAUUUUGAACACCUCCCGAAACAACUGGGUCGAUGGCUCUGGUGUCUCUUACACAAAUUUCAACCCGCUUCUGGAGAGGAGAUUAAGGAGGUUUGAGGCUCGUUCCUAUAAUAAGGAGAAAUAUCAGUGCGUGUUUUUCCUGAAUAAUCCAAAGUCAUCAUUUGUUGGAACAUGGGAUUUCACAACUUGCUCAGACCAGCAGUAUGUGACAGUCUGCCAGACAACCAGAGAUAAUAAUGGGACCAACGUGCCAACAACGGUUCUAGAAGAUGUUAGCUUCGAAAAGAAGGCAUAUAAAAUCCUUCAGAAGAACAUGACUUGGUACAUGGCUUUAGAAGAAUGUAGAAGCAAAAAAAUGGAACUAGUCGGUAUAACCGACCAAUACCAGUUAUCCUUUCUCGUCGUCACUGUUAAGCAGGCAGAUCGGCCAUUUUGGAUUGGACUCUCUAGCAGGGAUGAUGGAGUCCACUACAGAUGGCAGGAUGGGAGCACAGUUACCCUGAACCGGUGGGCAGAGGGUGUGCAGGAGGAUGAAGAUUGUGUUUUCAUAGAUGUCGACGGCACAUGGAAAACAAAGAGUUGCGAUGAUGAACUGCCUGGGGCUAUUUGUCAUGUACCAACAAAUGUGUCCGAAACGAAACCGCAAGACAACACCGUCGCUUGUCCUCACAAACUUCAAGAUGUAGUGUGGAUCCCAUACCGAAACAACUGCUAUGCUUUCCUGUUGAACCAUAAAAGAUGGCUCUCCAGUGAACACCGAUACAUCUGCCAUUCCCUCCAUCCCGAUGCUUACGCCCUGAUCAUUCGAAAUGAGGAGGAAAAUCGGUUUAUAGUUAAUGAGCUGCAGCCCUACAUAGACUUGGCCAAAUGGGUUUGGCUAGGAAUGCGUUAUGAUGUACAUGGAAAUCGUCUUCUCUGGCAUGAUGAGACCGCUGUGAGAUAUUCAAACUGGAUGGUUGGGAAGCCGAAUAUGACAAGUAACAGCUUUUAUGCAGGGAUGAGGCUUGAUGGCUUCUGGGAUAUUUUCCACAACCCAAAUGACUAUGAACGGAUUUUUUAUCAGCAGCACUCCCUUGUGGCCUGCAAGAUUGAAAUGGGACCAAAAAGCGAAACCAUGGAAGUGUUGCCAAGUGCUCUCCCGUUUGACAAUUCCACAUACUAUGUUUUGAAUAAGAAGCUAACGUGGUUUGAGGCGGUGAAGGAGUGCAGGCAGAAUGGUGGCAAUCUGGCCAGUGUUCACAAUAACAAUCAACAGCUGUUUAUGGAGAACAUUGUAAGACGGAAUGGAUCCCUUCUCUGGAUUGGGUUAUGGAAUAACGAUGGGACGGUCUCGGGAACAGAAUGGUCAGACGGUACUUUGAUCAAAUAUGCAUUUGCGAAUUUGGACACACUGCUGCCUCGUGGAAACUGCGUCUAUUUGGACACAAAGGGAAAGUGGCAGUCCAAGAGCUGCACAGAACCUCUGGAAGGUGCUCUUUGCUAUAAACCAAUGACAAUAAAAUCAAAGUCUAUAGAGACUGAUACACUGUGCCCCAAAGCAAACAACUCAGCACAAUGGGUUCGUCAAAAGGAUUUUUGCUAUGCGUUUGACGUGAAGAUCUACAACUACUCCGUUUUCACUAGCGAACAAGCCACCAAGAUGUGCGAGACUAUAGAUCCCACAGCCAAGCUGCUGACUAUAAAUGAUGAGGAAGAGAAUGAAUUUGUUAGUAAAUAUUUGAUGGCUGAUGCAUUUAUCACGCGCAGAACUUGGCUCGCAGUAGAUCCAAACUCAGCUGAUCAGAAAUUAUGGCUUGAUGGAUCACCCAUAAAAUUUAACCACUGGACUAGUCUUCCAGCAAAGACCGCCGACUCCUGUACUGUUUUAUUCCCAGAGACUGCCACAUGGAAUAGAAUUCCCUGUACACUUGGCAUGGGAAGAGUCGUCUGCAAAUCACCUCUAAAGUCUAGUGGAGUUGGAGUUGCAGUUGGAUUUGCAAUAUUCAUCAUCCUAGCCCUGAUCAUCCUAGCACUUGUCAUCUACCUCUACAAAAGACGGCACCCUCUCUUCUUCUCAUCCAUUCGCUAUCGACGGGCAGAAGAUCAGAUGGAGUCCAUGAUUGAUUAUUCUUAGAGCAGUUUUCAAUGUACAACCUGGAUUUUUAUUUUGCACAACGUGGAAGAGAUAUAUUUUGUGGGUUUUUUUGCAGCACUCAGGCAGAAUUUUUAAAGUUUUUAUUUUGUUUCGUUUUUUUUAAAUCAAAUUUGAGUGAUCUUCCAGAAUAUGCACAUUAGUUGGACAUUUGUUGGUGACUUUAACUGCUUUUCUUUAAGCCAAAUUUGUGAUUUUUUUUAUUUUUAUCAUUUGAUGUUUGUGGUACAUAAUAAUUUUGUAUAAUAUUUGGCCCCAGGAAUAUUGUGGAAUCAUGUCAGAUGGGCGUUAUUGGCGGUCAUGGGGACAGUCUGUACUUGGCUGCUGAAUCGGCCGUACUCCAAGGAGCUGGGGUCCGCAAAAAGGGAAUGGUGAGGCAUAUAUAUCUAUGGAUAUAUAAUAUAUAUAUAUAUAUAGAAAGAGAGAGAGCGAGAGAUCUGAGCAAUUAUACAGGCUGGAACACAGCUUAGAGUUUUUUUGUUUUUUUUUUGCAGUCUGUGUCCUCGUGGGGAGUUUCGCCAUCCUAUUUGUCCAGAUAACCCCUGUAAGACAAAAAGUUAUACAAAAUAUUUUUUUUUAGAGUUGUUGCUAGGACAGCAAUAGUGGGGUAAUCUUCAAGUAGAGAAAUACUGUUCUUUUUGAAUAGAUUUCCUCCAAUUUCUGAAGUUGAGUGAAAUCUCCACAAUGGGACACAGACAACCAGUAAUACCCAAUAAGUGUCUUAAUCUUUCCUUGCUCUAUCCAAACUUGAAAAAAAGUUUAGGCUAUGCAUACACUUUAAGUUUAACGUUCUCUAAUUUUUUAUUUUUUUUGCAUGCUUGUGCACAGGAAAAUCAAUCCGUACAGCAAAGACUUUCUAACCAAUGACCUAUCCUGAGAUGGCACAGCUAAACUGCACAUGUGCCUGCUACAAAGGUCAUUUGGUUAAUCUCCAUCGCUAUGGCAGCCCCUGCAGGAAGCUUAAAUCAAGUCCCCAAACUGAACUGCCAAAAGGUGAUUUAAGCCAGCCAUAGAUUGUUCGAAUCUCAGUUGGUUCAGCAGGGACCGGCCAAGAUUCAAACCAUGUAUGGGCAGGCUGAUUGUACCCAAUUUGAUCCAUUGAUUGACUUGGGUGUAACCAGCAUGUCGGUAUUAUACAUGUAAUUAUUGCCAACUGCCUUUACAGUUCAGUUGGUCAUAACUUCUGGGACAUUAGAAGAUAGGUGGGUCAUCUUGGGGCUGAUAGUUGGGUAAGAUGGUACUUGAUGUUCAGCCUGACCUUUCACCCAAACUGCCCGCUCUGGGACGGGUAUUGAGGCACCCACUUGUUUCUUAAAAAAAUAUACAGGACAGCUACAGUAGUUUUCUAAAGUUAAGAAGUCGAAUUAUUCAUCUCAAAGAAACUCUUAUGCCAAUAUCCACUGGCCAGCUUGUUAAAAGCAUUAAUUUGAUUAUAAAUUUAAAGGGGAACUCCAUCUACUUUUUUGUUAAAAAGGGUGUCCAAGAUCGGUCCCUUUUUGCCGCCUUUUUUUCAACCAUAUCUAAUAGUUUCCUUAGAAAUAUAAGGAUGGUUUGCUUAAGCCGGCCAUAGAUGGAUCAAUGAUGAGCUGGUUCAGCAAGAACCAGCCGAUUUUCAAUCCAUGUAUGGGCAGGCUGGUUGUACACAGGGUCAUCUAUCAUUUGACUUGUGUACAACGAUCUGUUGGAAAAUGUUCUCUUGAUCGAUGCUGAUGAGUACAUUCUGACAGCGGGGGAAAUCUCUCCACUGUCAGAAUACAAUAACACAGUGGGAGCGAUUCCCUUAUCCACAUUGAGUGUGUGGAUGGGGGAAUCACGUAAUUUUCUUUUGUUCAUCCAGUGGGUUGAAUGAAAUAAUAUGACUCGUGGCCAGCCUUAGGCAAUCUGCUAAAAUCAAAGCUUGACUUACACAUUUAUGCAAGAAGAUGGAAGUCUGCUUUAAAUUUACUUUACGGCUGUUUUUAAGAUGGCUAAUCAUCUUUUUUUUUAUUACAAACUAAAAAGAAUUGAAGUUUGAUAUGGGCCACCUGUGGUCUGCAUUGUAGCUGUUGGGGAAUUGAAAGCCUCCAUGCAGUUUCUGGAUUGCAGGUUGUUCUUGUGCUCUAACUGUCUUUAAUAGUACUUCAAGACACAUUGUGUCAAAAAAAAA